AUACACACACACACACACACACACACAGUCAGGUAUCUCCUCUCCGCGCGCGCGUGUUUCUCUGUGAUGCUCGCGGGCGUCGGACGCGCGGAUGAUCGCGGCUGAUUGUCAGUGUGUGGAAUAAGACGCUCUUCAUCCUCAUCUUCAUCUUCAUCCUCCUCAUCGCGGCUGUUUCUGGCUGGAGUGACAGAAAGACAUAAAACCUUCCUCCGGAUCCUCAGCGCUCCUCUGAAGGCUUUUGGUCAGUGCUUUGUGAUUCUUCAGCGUUUGGAAUGUGACCAAGAGUUUUCAGAAAGGUGAGAUUCUGAGGAGUUUUAUUCUUUCAUUCCUCUGGCCGGAGACAGCUCAGAUGACGAGGGUUUCAUGAACGGUGCGGUCUGGCUCGGAGCGUGUUGUGAGGAUCCAGAUGGAACCUGCGUGAACCUGCGGGCGGCAGCGAGUGUCUCUGGAGGGAAAAUGUUCCACUGAUUUUUGUUCCUGCAACCUUAAACUCCUGAGUCCUCAGGAUCUUCGCCAGGGCUUUCAGAGGUUGUGAGAGCGUUGCAGGAGCGUUGUGAGCUGGCACACUCCGCGGGUGAGUCGUAACAUCAUGCCCGCGCCAAGCAUCUGUGUAGCGUUACCCUCCAUCCGACACUGUCUCCUGCUGCUCACCGCCUCGGUCCUGCUCUCCAGCGCCGAGUCGCCACCAAAGUUCUUACGAACCCCGAACGAUCAGACGGGCGUUCAGGGCGGCGUCGCCUCCUUCAUCUGCCAGGCUACAGGCGACCCGCAGCCCAAGAUCGUGUGGAACAAGAAGGGGAAGAGAGUGAGCAACCAGCGUUUUGAGGUAGUCAUAGAGUUCGAUGACGGAUCGGGCUCCGUUCUGAGAAUCCAGCCGCUGCGGACGCCGCGCGAUGAAGCCAUUUACGAAUGUGUCGCCUCCAACAGUGUUGGGGAGACGAGUGCCACCACACGACUCACUGUUUUACGUGAGGAUCAGCUGCCCCCAGGCUUCCCCACCAUAGAUAUGGGCCCCCAGCUCAAGGUGGUGGAGCGCACCCGUACUGCCACCAUGCUCUGUGCUGCUAGCGGUAACCCCGACCCAGACAUUUCCUGGUUCAAAGACUUCCUCCCGGUCAACACCAGUAACAACAACGGCCGCAUCAAACAGCUCCGAUCAGAGUCCUUUGGUGGUACGCCAAUAAGAGGAGCGCUGCAAAUCGAACAAAGCGAGGAAUCGGACCAAGGGAAGUACGAAUGUGUCGCGACCAACAACGAUGGCACGCGCUAUUCCGCACCUGCCAACCUGUAUGUCAGAGAGCUGCGAGAAGAGAUCGAUGGAGUCGCCACCACUCGAUACAGCGUGGGUGGGCUAAGCCCUUACUCCGACUACCAAUUCAGAGUAGUCGCAGUGAAUAACAUUGGACGCGGGCCUCCCAGCGAAGCCAUUGAGUCCAAAACAGCGGAGCAAGCGCCGAGUACCGCCCCGCGGCAAGUCCGAGGGCGCAUGCUAAGUGCAACGACCGCCAUCAUCCACUGGGAUGAACCCGAGGAGGCAAAUGGGCAGAUUACAGGCUACAGGGUUUACUACACCACCGAUCCCAGCCAGCAUGUCAACCAAUGGGAGAAACAGAUUGUAAGGACUUCCAACUUCCUCACCAUUCCGGGCCUGACGCCCAAUAAGACUUACUACAUCAAGGUCCUGGCCUUCACCUCUGUAGGAGAUGGACCGCUCUCUUCUGAUUUGCAGAUCAUAGCCAAAACUGGAGUGCCCUCUCAACCAACGGACUUCAAAGGCGAAGCCAAAUCUGAGACGAGCAUCUUGCUGUCGUGGAACCUGCCGACUCAGACGGGCCAGGACAAUCAAAUCGUCGGAUACGAGCUGCUCUAUAAGAAAGGAGAUGACAAAGAGGAGAAACGAGUAAGCUUUGAGCCCACCACAACCUAUUUACUGAAAGAUCUGAAGCCGUUCACUACCUACACGUUUCAGCUGGCCGCUCGCAGCAAACACGGCAUCGGCGCAUACACCAAUGAGAUCUCAGCCGAAACGCCUCAGACACAGCCCUCAGCUCCACCCCAGGAAGUCAAGUGUACUAGUCCCAGUUCUACCAGCAUUCUGGUAAGUUGGAAACUGCCGCCGGUGGAGCUCCAAAACGGAAUAAUGACCAGAUACACCGUCCAGUACGCAGCGACCGAAGGCGAUGAUACCUCGUUGCAUCAAGUCUCGGACAUACCGCCAGAAAAGUACCAUUAUCUGUUGGAAAACUUGGAGAAAUGGACGGAAUACCGUGUGACAGUGAGCGCCCACACUGAAGCGGGAGAAGGCCCUGAGAGUUUACCUCAGCUAAUCCGUACGGAGGAGGAUGUGCCCAGUGGCCCUCCUCGUAAAGUCGAGGUGGAGGCUGUCAACUCCACGUCUGUUAAAGUGCUGUGGCGGUCGCCGGUGCCGAGCAGGCAGCACGGCCAGAUCCGUGGGUACCAGGUGCACUAUGUCAGGAUGGUUAAUGGGGAACCCGGUGGUCACCCUGUCAUCAAGGACAUUCUGAUCGAUGACGCUCAGUGGGAAUAUGAUGAUUCAGCCGAACAUGAGUUAAUCCUCACUGACCUGCAUGCCGAGACCAUGUACUCGGUUACGGUCGCCGCUUACACGACCAAAGGCGACGGGGCACGCAGCAAACCCAAGCUGGUCACCACCACCGGAGCCGUUCCGGAAAAGCCUCGUCUCAUGGUGAGUCCGACGAACAUGGGCACGGCAUUACUGCAGUGGCACCCACCGACAAACACCUACGGCCUGCUGCAAGGCUACCGACUGCGGUUCGGCCGUAAGGACGUGGAGCCCCUGACCGUGAUCGAGUUCUCCGAGCGCGAGAACCACUACACCACCAAAGAGAUCCACAAGGGGGCAUCCUACACCUUCCGCCUCUCGGCCCGCAACCGGGUGGGAUUCGGAGAGGAGACGGUGAAGGAGAUCACCACGCCCGAGGACACUCCUGCCGGUUACCCACAAGGCAUCGUAGCCCAAAGUAGCACGACCACCACCAUUCAGGUCAGCUGGCAGCCUGUGGCGUUAGCCGAGCGCAACGGAGCCGUCAUCAAAUACGCCCUUCAGUACAAAGACAUCAACAGCCCUCGCAGCCCCUCAGAACUGUUCAUCACAGCACCUGAGUCCACCGUCACACUGGACGGCCUUAAAGCAGACACCACGUACGAUAUUAAAAUGUGUGCCUUCACCAGUAAGGGCCCCGGCCCUUACAGUCCUAGCGUCCAGUUCAGAACGCAACCCAUCAACCAAGUGUUUGCAAAAAAUUUUCACGUGAGAGCUGCCAUGAAGACCUCAGUGCUGCUGACGUGGGAGAUUCCCGAGAACUACAACCCCGCGCAGCCGUUUACGAUCCUGUAUGAUAACGGCCAGAGUGUGGAGGUGGAUGGGAAGCUGACGCAGAAGCUCAUCACCAACCUUCAGCCGGAGACGCAAUACUCCUUCCUGCUCACCAACCGUGGGAACAGCGCCGGAGGACUGCAGCACCGCGUCUCCACCAUGACAGCGCCUGACAUACUGCGCACCAAACCCUACCUGAUCGGCAAGACCAGUUCAGACGGCAUGGUCACGGUCGAGCUGCCGGCUGUUCAGACGGCUGAGAAAGUGAAUUUUUUCCCUCUGUCUCUCUUACAGCUAUUGCGAGAAAUCAACCGAACGAGUCGCGCUCUUCGCUUCCGUCGGCAGAUGGAGCCCAAGCCAUACAUUGCGGCAUAUUUCCGCGAGCUGCCGAACGAAUUUACGCUAGGAGAUGCCAAGAUGUACGGAGACUUUGAGAACAAGCAGCUGCUGAACGGACAGGAGUACGUCUUCUUUGUGCUGGCGGUGCUGGAGAUCUCCGACAACGUGAGUGUCAGCGGCCGCUUUACUAUUGGUUUGGUG